GAUAAUUUGGCACAUGAGAUCCGAGGGAAGUUGCAGUGAGCUAAGGAAGGUAGACCGGUCUUUCACGAUCAUUUCUGCGUCUAUAUAUCACCUCACCUCUCCUUAAUCCGGUCCACCCCUCGCCUGUGGCCCUCUAGGAGCCAGCAUAGCCGCUGUUCUUCGUACGUUUCCUCGCUCGCGCAAGGCUUGGCCUCGAUCGAUCGGAGAAUGUUCAUUUGGUCGCCGCCUCCUUUAUCGGGAAGAUCCUCGCGGCUUUUAGGUUUUGUUCUUGUUGGCUUCUGUUAGGCUGUUUCUACGAUGACGUGGGAUUGGUUUUCUGCGAGGGUUUGGUGAACCCGAAGGCUCGUUGUUGGUAUUCCGACGGUGUGAUGAUGCGAAUGCCUUUCGCAGCUUUGUCUCAUCUUUGAAUGAGAAAGUCGGAGAUUUGUAGCAGAAAUUUGGGAUUUUUCUGCUUUUUCUGUACUUGUUUCUUCCUUCUUCUUUGGUUGGUUGAUUGGCCCGGCAAUCUUCCCUUUUCUUUUGUCAAUUCGUCCCGGCAUCUGAAUUUUAGGGGUUUUUUUUUUUUCUCUUUCGGUUAUUUGUUUACGAGCUUAUCUUCUUGAUGGAGGAGAGUUGUUCCGUCGCCUACGUCGACGACGACGGUGGCGACAAGGAGGAGGAGGAGGAGGGCACAUUGGUGUCGCUGGACGCCAUUCUCCCCGACGAGCUCCUGGAGAAGGUGCUAUCCUUGUUGCCCAUCGCCAGCAUCGUCGAAUCGGGCUUCGUUUGCAAGCGGUGGUACAAGGUGGCGCACUCCCCGCGGCCGUCGUGGGCGACGAUGCCGCUGCAGAAGCCCUGGUACUUCAUGUUCCUCUGCGACGACGACGCCGCCGCCGCCUUAUCGGGCCAUGUCUACGACCCCUGCCUCCGCCAGUGGUGCGGCUUCGGCUUCUCCUGCUUCGAGAAGAGCAACUGGCACAUCUCCUCCUCCCGCGGUUUGGUCUGCGCCAUGGACCGCGACGACGGGAGCCGCUUGCUGGUCGGCAACCCCGUCACGCGCGUCUGGAAGCGGCUUCCUCGACUGCCGGGCGGGCGUUCCCCCGACUACAACGCGCUCGCCGUGUCAUUCGACCGGGGCACGCGCGGCUACACGGUGACCGUCGCCAAGUGCACGCAGGCGCCAGGAGACUCCCACCGACGGAACAUCUCGAUCCACGUCUACGAAUCAGAGACGCAGUCGUGGGGCACCUCCUUUGCCCGAAGCCUCGUCGGGUGGAGGGGCGGCGACGAGGCCGUCAUCUGCGACGGCGUCCUCUACUACUUGAUCCACCCCGACGCGGAGCAGCGCCCCCACUUAGUGAUGUUCGACCUCGCCGCGCCGCCCCAUCCUCCGUCGUCUCUAAUGCAAGAGACGAUACCCGCGCCGUGCCCUCUCACCUGCGCUCGAUUGAUGAACCUCUCCGAGAAAUUGGUCAUGGUAGGCGGGAUCGGGAGGCGCGACCGGUCGGGGAUCAUCAGGGGCGUCGCGAUUUGGGAGCUCGAGGAGAAAGAAUGGCGAGAAGUGGGUCGAAUGCCGCGCAGGUUCUUCCAAGGGUUCGGCGAAUUCGACGAGCUCUUCACCAGCUGCGGCGCCGGCGACCUCGUCUUCGUCCAGUGCUUCGGGUCGCCGGCUCUGCUCAUGUUCGACAUGAGGCUGAAGGUGUGGAAGUGGUCGACAAGGUGCCCUUUCACCAAGCGCUUCACGCUCCAGUUCUUCACCGGUUUCUGCUUCGAACCCAGGCUCGACGUCACUUCUUGAUCUCUACUCCGCUGCUUCAUUUACAAUUCAGCCAAAAAAAAAAAAAAACUAUUUUGACAAGAAAAAUAAAAAUUAUCUUCCAAGAUGAAAUUAUACUUGCCAUAUUUAUUAUAUAUAGAAAAAGCAUUCUAAUGUUCUUCCAACUAAGAGCAUUGAUAAUUGUCGUAAAGAGGCAUUAAAUUUCUUUUGA